AUUGAGCGAGCUUUCUUGAGCGGGUGCGUGAGCAAUCGAACCCCCUUUCUCUGUUCCCUCCAUCGCCGCGUGGAGGAGGGCGGUGCUGAUUGAUUCUUCUCCGGACCUCGAUUGUAUUGAUUUCCUGCUUUCUCCGUCGCUACCGUACCACCCACGCAAGCAAGGAAGCAAAUCACCCAAUAGGAUCCGUUACUACUUUUAGUAGCGAUUUUUCUACUUAUAUACUCCUCCUGCCUCUAUCUUUCCUUGCAUCUUCGUGAGAAUUUGGAAAUCAGGCUUCAAUCCCUAGCCGCACAUUGCGACGCCGCGUCCUCCUUGCCUCCGUGCCGCAUCCGCAGGCCGUAGCGUCGUGCCCGUGUCCUCCCGACUCUCGGUCCCGGCCUCCCCGCCGCGUCCGCGUCCGCAGCGCCGCGCUCGCGUCCUCUCGGUCCCGGCCUCCGUGCUGCAUCUGCAGCGCCGCCUCCACUCCACCGGCACCGGGUGGUGGGCGUCGUGUCGCCGUCCGCCGCCACACGCCCGCGCCAGAAGCGGGAGCUGUCCGCCGCGUCUUCAUCUAGGACUGGAAGUCUGUGAAACCGCCGACGACGACGCCGCCGCUGCCAUCUGCCAUCACCGCCGAGGACGCUGUCGCUGCCCACAGAGGACGGCAGGACGCCGCUAGCAUCGUCAAUCUGCCUUGGGACAUGGAGCAGAGGAAGGAAGCUUGAGAAGCAGGAUAGCAGACGUACCACCACGGCUAUGGGGAGGCCAAGCAGGGGGAGGCAGCGCAUCGAGAUCCGCCACAUCGAGGAUGGCGGCCGGCUGCAGGUCACCUUCUCCAAGCGCAAGUCUGGCCUGCAAAAGAAGGCCUCCGAGCUCUUUCUGCUCUGCGGCUCGCCCGUCGCCAUCGUCAUCUUCUCCCCUGGCAAAAAGGUGUUCGCGCUGGGCACUCCCUCAGUCGACCACGUCCUCCGCCGCUAUGCUCCGAUCCCCGGCGAAGAAGAGGAGGAUGGACUCCUUCCGGUGCUUCAGGACACAGACGAUGUGAGCGCUAUCACCGACCGCGUGGAGGUGGAGGGCAUUGUGCGGCGAACGGAGGAGACCAAGGCGCGUUCGGUGAUGGAGAAGGCACGGAUGGACGCCAUCGGGAAGACGGUGAGGCAGACCGCGGCAAAGGCCGGAAGGAAGUUCUGGUGGGAGGCGGACUCUGGCAAGCUCGGGGAGGCUGAGCUACCAGAAUUCGCCAAGGUGCUCCGUCGGCUCAGGGUCAACCUGCAACGCCAUUUGGACUCGCUGUCGGCGUCUACUAGGCAGCUGCAGUAGGAGUGGCUGUGCAAAACUGGGUCAUUCGAUUUGGUUAGGGCUUGGAUGUUUAGGCACUUAGGAUAGUGUCAUUGACUACAAAAAAAAUCAAAAUGUUAGUGUGAUUAGUCUGCCGCUUGACAAGAAGUGCUUAAUGUGAUUAGCAUUUGCUGAUUAGUUUUGA